CUGCUUACCGAGUUGGGUCCGUUUUGGCCGAAUCCCGAUGGUCGUACGCUCACCGAAAAUGUUUACUCGUGGAAUAAGAUUGCGAAUGUGAUAUUUUUGGAAUCACCACGACGGGUUGGUUUCUCGUAUCAAAAUCUCACCGAAAACAGUGACGACGUAUUCAACGAUAAGAAGACAGCGAGUGAUAAUUUUCUGGCGCUGAUGGAUUUUUUGAGUGUUUACCCGGAAUAUUACGAUCGACCAUUCUACGUGACUGGUGAAUCGUAUGCGGGCGUUUACAUACCAACGCUGGUAUCGUUGAUCAUCGAUAAGAUACAGGCUGGCGAAGCGCCAGGAUUGAAUUUGGUUGGAGUGAUGAUCGGAAAUGGGAAAAUGAGUGACAAAUGGCAAUUCAACUCGAUCAUCUCGCUGCUCUACAAUCGAGGAGUGUAUAAUCCGGCGGAAAUGAACGAGCUGAGCGGGUGCUGCAAUAAGUCGGAGCCUUUGCGUGAUUGUGAUUUUUCCCAGUGGGUAAAAUUCGAUUCCCAUGGGGAUGCGCAUCCGAUCAACGACUCGGCCGGACAGGAAACCGAGUGCGGAAAGAAGAGAAUAGCCACGACGGUGAGUACGUUGAGACGGGAGCAGAUGCUGCUCAGGGCAAAAUUGAGGCAGAAACAACCGCAGCAGAAGGAUUUGAAGCUAAUGGACACGUCGUUUGAACACUACUAUGAUCUGAAAGGAUUCUAUGAUCAGAAGGUAAAUUACGCGUCGACGGACAGUGAAGGUGCGUUCCAGUGCUAUAAUACGGAGAGUGGUGAGCAGUGGUUGAAUUGGGACGAUGUUCGGGCGGCGCUCCAUAUUUCCGCGGCCGCGGCGCCCUACUCGGAAUGCAGUGACUACGUUUUCGAGCGGUACAUCAAGCAAAACAGCGAUACAUCGCCGGUAUUCGAUCAUAUCGUCGAGAGUGGAUAUAAACUGAGACUGUUGGUCUACAAUGGGGAUUUGGACACGUCGUGUAAUUUCGUUGGAGACGAAUGGUUUAUGGAGGCGUUGGCAUCGCGUCACUCGAUGCCACAGGUGAUGGAUCAGCAACCGUGGUGGUUCCGGGACGUGAUCGCCGGCUACUAUCAACGUUUCACCUAUCAGCAAUCGUUCACCGUGGACAUUCUGACGGUUAAGGGUGCCGGCCAUAUGGUACCAACCGACCGGCCAGGUCCCACACUGCAAAUGUUCAAAAAUUUCCUGGAUGCCGAAAGAAAUUACUCGAUUCCGUUGCCGUUUGGACGCGAUCGUAGACCGUUGAAGCCGGAAUACGAGACACUUUUGGAGAUCGCUGCACUCGAAUCGCCGGCGGUCAUGCUGCCGUUCCGUGUGCGUCGUUCGAUCAGCGCCGAGCAGCUUCCCAAGCAGCAGGCAAGUUUGGUGGCGCCGCCGAAUGGUUCGAAGGAGCACGAUAGAAUCGAGGAACUGCCCGGUCUCACAUUCGAUUUGAAUUUUGCCCAGUAUGCUGGGUAUUUGACGGGUGCAGAUAGCGAAAAUUACCUAUACUAUUGGUUGGUGGAAUCACAGAAUGAGCCUGAAGUGGACCCGUUGAUAGUGUGGCUGAAUGGGGGGCCAGGUUGCAGCUCACUGCGGGGACUGAUGGAGGAAAUUGGACCGUUCCGGGCGAGUCGGAAUGGCUCUCGGUUGUUCGAGAAUCCGUUCGCGUGGAAUAAGGUUAGUUGGUGGUUACUUGGUUACUUGAUUACUUGA